AUGGAUGGGAAGGAUAUAGAAAUUGUAGACCGUUACAAAUAUCUUGGUAUUGUAUUUAAACAAACUGCUGUGCUUGGAAAGGCUGGUUUUGGAACUGCUGCUGCUGGUGCUGUGGUUGGAAAGACUGUUGUGGCUGGUAUGGCUGCUGGAGGUGGAAUUGUUGCUGCUGAGGCUGGUAUGGCUGCUGGAGGUGGAAUCGUUGCUGCUGAGACUGGUAUGGCUGCUGGAGGUGGAAUUGUUACUGCUGAGGCUGGUAUGGCUGCUGGAGGUGGAAUUGUUGCUGCUGAGACUGGUAUGGCUGCUGGAGGUGGAAUUUUUGCUGCUGAGGCUGGUAUGGCUGCUGGAGGUGGAAUUGUUGCUGCUGAGGCUGGUAUGACUGCUGGAGGUGGAAUUGUUGCUGCUGAGACUGGUAUGGCUGCUGGAGGUGGAAUUUUUGCUGCUGAGGCUGGUAUGGCUGCUGGAGGUGGAAUUGUUGCUGCUGAGGCUGGUAUGACUGCUGGAGGUGGAAUUGUUACUGCUGAGACUGGUAUGGCUGCUGGAGGUGGAAUUUUUGCUGCUGAGGCUGGUAUGGCUGCUGGAGGUGGAAUUGUUACUGCUGAGGCUGGUAUGGCUGCUGGAGGUGGAAUUGUUGCUGCUAAGGCUGGUAUUGCUGCUGGAGGUGGAAUUUUUGCUGCUGAGACUGGUAUGACUGCUGGAGGUGGAAUAGUUGCUGCUGAGGCUGGUAUGGCUGCUGGAGGUGGAAGUGUUGCUGCCGCUGUGGUUGGAAAGGUUGUGACUGCUGCUGCUUCUUUUGAAUGGUUUUAA